AUGGCCGACGAGGUGCAAGAGACUUUCGAAUCCGCUGACGCUGGUGCGUCCAGCACCUACCCCAUGCAGUGUUCCGCUCUGCGCAAGAACGGUCACGUUGUCAUCAAGGGCCGUCCUUGCAAGAUCGUCGAAAUGUCCACCUCCAAGACUGGCAAGCACGGUCACGCCAAGGUCCACAUUGUCGCCAUCGACAUCUUCACCGGCAAGAAGCUCGAGGAUCUGUCUCCCUCCACCCACAACAUGGACGUCCCCAACGUCAGCCGUCGGGAGUACCAGCUCAUCGACAUCACUGACGAUGACUUCCUGUCCCUGAUGGACGACAACGGCAACACCAAGGACGACGUCAAGGUCCCCGACACCGAGAUCGGUGAGAAGAUCAUCCGUAUGUUCCGUGAGGAGGAGAAGGACUGCAACGUCAUCAUCCUUACCUCCAUGGGUGAGGAGACCGCCAUUGAGUGCAAGGAAGCCCCCAAAUAA